AUGGCUGAGAACUACGCGUCCACGCUGUCGGAGAGGCCGUCAAGAACGACAUCCUUGAGCAAACGGUCUCCGGCCUCGAGAAGCUGGAGAAGCCUCGCCUCUUUCACCCCUGCCCCGCAGUCGCCGUGUAAAAUGUACAACUUGAUACCUGAAAUACAACCUCUAAAUUCAAUAACUCUUAUUUUCCUGCAGGUAAAAGUUAUUCAGGAUUCUAGACCUAUACAUGACAAACUUGUUGAUUCUUUCUUGAACAAAUUUUUCCCAUCAGGUUAUCCAUACAGUGUGAAUGAAGGUUACUUAACUUAUACCAAAUUCCGUGUGCUACAGCAUUUCUCGAGUGCUAUGCUACAUGUGCUAUCAACACAGUCCUUGCUGUUUGCUGUAGGUUUGCGACCUACCCCGACGCAAGCAACUGCUGUAAGUUGGAUUCUAAAAGAUGGAAUGCAGCACACAAGAAAGCUCAUUUGUAGCAGCAUGGGUGCAAGAAUGGAUUCUGAACCAAAGAGUUGGAGGAUACUUGCUGAUGUUCUCUACGAUCUCGGUACUGCAUUGGAAGUUGUUUCGCCGCUGUGCCCACAACUUUUCCUUGAAGUAGCAGGCUUGGGAAAUUUUGCGAAGGGAAUGGUCGUUGUUGCAGCAAGAGCAACGAGGCUUCCAAUUUACUCUUCUUUUGCCAAAGAAGGCAAUCUUAGUGAUUUAUUUGCUAAAGGGGAAGCCAUAUCAACACUUUUCAAUGUCAUGGGAAUUGGAGCUGGAAUUGGAUUGGCAUCUACUGUUUGUUCAACAACUCAAGGGAAGGUACAUAUUUGCAGGAUGACAUAUCAUCGUCUAUCCUAUCAUUAUAGCUGUUCCAUUACACCAUCAUCAGGCAAAUAUACACAGUGAAAAAUUGCACUUGACAUGCAUUGCAAAUGCAACCAU